AUGGGCAGCCACCAGCCAUGGCUGGACAGUCUCUCCGACGACUGGCCCUUGUCUCCGGGCACGCUGUCGACGCCCUUUACUGCCCGCUCCAUUCUCAGUUCGCAUUCCCGUCGCUCGAGUCUCGUAAAUUCUCCCAGUCAGCUCAAGUCUCCGAGUCGCAUUCCCGUACCUGCGCGGCGCUCCGUUGAGCCUUCCCCCGCCGAUCCCAAGAAACGAGUAACCAGACCAUGCCAUUUCAUGAAGAAGGAAGGCCCGAAAAAGGUGCAGAGGACUCCCCUGAAACCUAGAACCCCCAAGACGCCUGUCAAAUGCGAAACACACAUCCACGCCCAAGACAAAUCGAAACCACACAGUCCGAGCGCCAGACAGAGCCCCGUACCGAAACGGAGCCCAAAACCGGGUGGGAAACCGAAUGUGAGUGCUUCAUAUAGUCGGAGGUCAACUAUGGAUUCAAAGUCCCCGCUACGGUCCGUGUCGAACGUCUCUAGCCAGACCGACCAGCAGAUCUCGAGUACGGUACAAGUCAAACCCAAGAAGGGUAGUCGGGAAGAUGGUACACCUGAAUGGAGAAGAAGACUCGUUCGUGGUGAGGUCCCGGGGGAGCAGCGCGAUUUGUUUGCCCCAAUUGGCCUGGAGAGCGUCUUUAAACCUCCAUCACCGGGAUCGGAGACCGGUCAGCACGAUGCGAUUCCAGUUCUGAAGCACGCAGAUCCCUUGUGGAUCAUCCCGGACAGCGGCCCUGAGCAGGUGUAUGAUACGCAUACGACUGAACCAGAGACGAAGGCAGAUAACCUUGCAGACGAGACUGCAUCUUCUGCUAAAAAGGAAGAGCGGACUGUUGCAAGGGAAAUCACCAAAGAGCCGGAAGAGUUACCAGAGUCCCCAGGGGGCACAGUGGAGAUACACCAUACAGAGGGAGAUCUACUGCAUCAUAGCAACCGAAACCAUGAAGACGUCCUCCAUACGGAUAUGCAUUCAAGGAGUGCAAGUGGACUGGAGGAUCUGCGUAACGAGGGUAUCACUCCCAUUUUUAUCACCUUGGGCUCUGAAUCCCGACCCGAGUCGAGGGCAAGCGACAGCAUCCUGCCGCACCCACAAGCCGAUCUUCAGGAUGACGGCCUGCUUGACGUGACGAGCCAUUCCCUACCACGAGAUCUUACCGUGGGAACUCUAGACUUCGGUGGGCGUAGGCCGUUCGUGAAUUUCCGUCGUGGGCAGUAUCUGAGCGAUGGCUCUUUCCACAAACAUCGACUCUCUCCUUCGUCCUUUCCGUCUCAACGGCUCUCUCCGUCUGCUCUUGGCAACUCUCGGAUCCGAAGUUCACCACCUUUCUAUCACAGGCCACAGCGUUCCAGCAAGAGGCCUUCAUCUUCCCAAGCCAGAGUCUCUGUGAAUGGAAGUCCCGAGUCUAAAGCUGCAGCCAUGCACCCCUUCGAAAGUCCCUUAAAGCUCUUCGGAAAUCACGAUACCUUUACCAAUAACAAACUUCUUCGACGAAUGAGUCAAUUUGAGGAGUCUUUGUCCGGAGAAGAUGAGCCUGUUUCACCAUCAGAGGAAGUUCGACGAAAAGGGGAAGGCCGCAGUGCUCUGAGUGCAAGACAGCGUACCCCAGGCGAUCGCUCUACGAGAAGAAGUGAACGACCAACAUCCCGAAAUGCUAGAGGUUCUCAUGUGGGUCGAUUUGGGAAUGGUCAGCUCGAUGGUUAUGAUUUCUCCGACACCAGCCCCUAUGAACCAAAAAUGCUAAAUUACGAAUACGAGGAAGCUCAUUUAUAUGCUCGCUCGCGACGAAGAUCUUCUGCAGGGCGAAGGUUUCUUCGGCCUACUUCUUUGCAUGAGUAUUCGCCCGAAUCUAGGGUGCUCGGUGUGAGUUCCAGUAGAAGGCGCCGGUCCAGGAUUCGGCAAAGCCUCCAUGACAGCUCCAGAGUGAAUGCAGAGUUUGCCGCUGAAGAAUACUAUGAUUACUCUGAUGGGAAACGGAUACCAAACAGCCCAACUAAGGAUCCACAUCCAAAGAGGCGCAGAACGCUGCCGCGAUCUGAGAGUCCUCAUCGAGAUAACGAUGAUGCCAACACCCUCCACAUGCAAAUCGAUGGGGAUGUUUCUUUGUUGGAACGGAGCUUGAUGCAUCACGGCUUGGCAGAUGACGAGGGAGGGCCUUCUUCUCGAUCAAGAGCAUCGCCUAUCAACCGGACAUUAUCUCCCACGGUAACUGACAAUUCAUUGCGCCGGGGAAUACCUCUGCCGGCAGUGAAGGUAACUAGUGCUAAUGAGGAACUUCGCAAGGAGUCUAUGACUACACUUGACUUUUAUAACGAAGCGACGAAGAUCAUGGAUCGUAUUAGAGCAAAUGGCAGAACAACGGGUGGCUUGCCAGAAGUGGAGGGGUCUGAUUUGGGGAGUGAACAUGACGCAGAGACCUACGAUGAUGAUUCGACCGAGGAAGCCUUUUCGCGCCCUCCAAGUCGUGAUGGUGUAGAUAUGCGAAGAUUGAGGAAGCCUCAAGAGCCCAAUCCCCGCGUGUUGAGCCAUCUAAUGAAGUUUCAAGAAAAGGAUGACCUUGAGUUCGCGGUCAGCGCUUCAGUCACUUCACUACACCUUGAUAGAAAGCAAGGUCCUGAUGAUCACUCCGAAGGCAGUCUUCCCAACAUUGGCAGAAAUUCCCGAAUUGCAGUCGAUGGCAACCUUAAUGGGAAUUAUACGAGAGAAGGCUCUGGGCAGCUGCGAAAACGCCGCCGCUCCGGAACUAACAUGGAACAAGAUUCGCAUGGUUCCCCCAUCGUCCCUUCGCAAACGUCUGCACGUUCCUUGCCUACGGGAUCGUCGCAAAGCUCACAGGCCAAAGGCCUCUUACCGUCUGAAUUGGUCUCGCAUUUGAUUCCUGAACAGGUCAAUGGAUUCACUUACGACCGCUCUAAGCAUCAGUGGGUAAAGGGAAUAAUUGGGCCCUCUGAUACCAGGAUGAAGGCCGACGACAGCGAGGAUGACCCGUUCAAGGACAUCUCAGAUCUCAGUGUUGACGAAUCAGACGAAUUAAUGACGAUGCAGGCUUUCGAUUCGUCUGUGAAGACCAUAGAUCCAGCUCUGGCACAGAUGCGCGACGAUGCGGACUACCAACUGAAUGGAAGAGUCUCAGAUGGAAAUCCCGAGCCACGACCGCAGACAAGAGAAGGAGAACGCUCUGCCAACGCCAGCACACUUCGUUCCAAGGUAACACGUUUCACAUCAAGUGUUCCGAACACAGGGACAAGGGCCACAUCAUGGAGUACGGAAGAUUUGGAAGGUAAAGAGCAUUCCGAGGACGUCGAACAUGAAAUUCAACUGCACGAGGGCCGCCUAUCACAACCACCGAAUCGUGGCGGAGGUUCAAAUAGACAACCCCGAGUUGUGACGAUAAGCUUUUCUUCACCUGCAGUCUCCCACGUUACACCCGGUGACGACUGCAAUCCUGCGAUCCCUCAAUCUCAAAUCGGCCAUCCCAAUGGUGCUGGGGAACAUCGGGUUUCUAUUGACGAACGAUCUCUCGUUCGACGCUUCGUCUCUCGGAUAGAUGACAGGAAUGAGGAAGCCAGUGAUGGCCAGAGUUUGAUUCGUCGGAGUGAUGAUAGACCUCUUAUAACAACAAACAAUGACGACUCUUUGACUUACCUUCCAGAAGUGGGACAGGGGACGAGUUGUGCUUUCGAACUGAGUACUCUGUCUGAAUUCACCGUUGACCAAGUUGACCACCCUCUUCACCCUGAAGUCAGUUAUGUGGACCGGCGGACUCAUCCCACGAGUUUGCGCCAAGUCCAUGGCAGAUAUGCUAUGGCAACAGAGGAUUUGGUCAAGCACAUCACUGACGUUGAGCCACAUGAACUUUUCUGGGAAGAUCUUCGACGCCUCAUUCUCCGUGACAAGGGUCUGAACAAUCUUUACAAGCUGGGUGACUUCUGUCCUCGUUUGGAAGACCUGGACGUCUCUGAUAAUGACAUUGAGCACCUGAGCGGUGUCCCGUUCAGCCUUAGGACCCUCAAAAUACCGCGAAAUCUUCUCUCGAGCCGGACUGCAUGGGGUCACCUCACUAACCUACAGUACCUGGAUAUUUCAGGCAAUGAGUUAGAGAAUCUGCAUGGAUUUCACGAGCUAAUCCAUUUAAGAGAAUUAAAGGCGAAUGAUAACCAAAUCCGGAAUAUCGACGGUAUCCUUGACCUGAACGGACUUUUAAGUCUGAAGCUGAGCAAUAAUUUGUUAUCUACCGUCCACUUUGAAGGGACCGAGCUCACACGCCUCAGGGAAUUGGAUCUAAGCGACAAUCAGUUGACAUCCGUUACAAGCCUCGAUUCACUUCCUUCUCUUGAAAUUCUCAACCUCAAUUCCAACAAGCUCAGCAAGAUUGAUAUCUCAACACCUCUGCGCAGCUUGCGCUCACUGAAACUUUUGAAUAACCGAUUCAGUACUUUGGAUGUCAGCGUAUUCCCGUCGCUGACUCUUCUAUAUCUUGAUCAGAACUUUCUGUCAACGGUUUCCGGUCUUGGGUUGUGCCAUCACUUAGAAGUCCUCUCUGUCAGGGAACAACGAACACCUGGGGACAACCAGGAAGGACUGUGCGAUCUUGACCUCGAUCUAGGUCAUGUAAAGGAUAUCCGGAAGGUAUUCUUGUCGUCGAAUAGAUUGUCACCGCGCACCCUGUCACCUUCUGCCUCGCUAUUAGGCUUGCAACUACUGGAUAUUGCAUCAUGUGCCAUCCAUAGGCUUCCCGCGGACUUCUCUGUGAAUUUUCCCAACCUCAAGGUCUUGAAUCUAAAUUUCAACUCUUUGACGGGCAUAGAGGAGUUGGUCGGAACGAACUGCCUCUCUCGGUUGGGAGCUGCUGGCAAUCGGAUCGUAAGAAUGAGAAGGCUCUGUCAGGUCCUGAGUCGAAUCGGAAAGGCGACCAAGAAAGAUGCCUGCUCUCUCCGCGAAGUUGACCUUAGAGGCAACCCCCUCACUGUAGGGUUUUAUGCACCACUUCUUACAGGAAGUGGGAGGAGCAUUGGAGAGAAAAAGAUAAAAGCAAGGGCGGAAGAGAAGGAGAAGCGAAUUGGAGUGGAUUUCCCUACUGUUCUGGCCAAUCUUCAAUGCUCUGCGGAAGAUAUGGCUAUGGAGCAUCCAGCCUCCUGGGGGAGAGAAGAGGAGAUUGAAGUCGAUGAUCCAUACACCCUUCCUCCUGCUGAUGUACAGGCAGAUAGAAAGUAUCUGUCUUGCUUGGAUGGUUCGACUAAGCUCAGACGGAGGGUGCUUGAGCUAAUGCUCUACGCGGGAUCUGGUGGAUCAAUCAGAUUCCUUGACGGACUGGAGCUGCAUCCAGGUUCCAAAGAGGAUGAGUCCGAUCUAGAUCAGACGUGGGCUAAACUUGAAGAACUUGGAGUAUUGAAAAGGAAGCGCAUUACGGAGUAAAGGUUAUUCUCUUUUUCUGGAUGUUUACUGUUCUGGUCAGGGCUACUGAAUGAGUGGCACGUUGGAUUUUGGAGUUAAGGCUAUGUUGAUUCCCAAGCAUGUAUUAAUUUCAAGAUUACCCUAUCGUUAGUAUUUACUUAAUCAUUAGACUGCGUAAUGCAGUCCCGAUUUUUCGCA